UCUACACUUUUCAUAUAUCUGCGAUCCCGUCAAGAGCGACACCCCCAUCCAUGCUCUCCCUCUUGACCCUUCCCUUUUACUUCCUGCCUGCAAGGGGGAAACAGGAGAGGAUAGCGCAUGCGCGGUGCCGUGGCUGCUGCUCCUGCUGCUUCUCGGGCUCCUCUUCCGGCCUCCCCAGCCCCUGAGUAGGCUGAGGUACCGGGAGCCCCUCUCUGCUCAGGCGAAGUAGGGCUGACCUUUGACUCCGGAAGUGCACUGGACUUUGACUCCCCUUUAUAAUUUUUGGAGGGGGGGGCGGCCGUUCUCCGGCUUAAUUUUGCUCUAUACUUACCCAAGGGGCCCCCUAGCAAUUUCGGGGCUGUUUCUUCCCGCCUCGGCUAGCACCCCCAGUUAGCACCCCCAGGGGCCACUUCCGGUGCAGGCUGGCUUGGUUUUGGGGUUCCUGUCGUCACUAGUUAGUGUUUUGGAGCAGCUUGUGCCAUAUCGAGCGUGGUCCCAUUUUGCCGUCGUCCUCCCUCCUCCCCCCAUUCCAGAGGCGCAGGAGUCCCACUGCAGCCCUUGCGAAGAUCCACCAAGGUGUCCUGGCGGAGCCCCAUCAUUUGAAGUCAAUAUGGCAUGAGUCUCCAUAGUGAGCCUCCAUAGUGGAGAUAGUGGAGAAAGAAGCUUCUCCACAGUGGAGGUUGGGGAGGGGAGGGGAUGGUUGCCCUGAGCGGGAGGGGGGGUAUAGUGGUGUGGUGAACCUGCCUUGCUGAAUGGGGAGCAUGGGCCUUUGGUGAAUCGCCCCCCUCUCCCCACCCCGCUGCUAUAGGAAAGGGUUUGUAGAGUGAGCUGAAGUAAGACCCAAAAGUGGGGAGGAGAGGGUUCUGGAUUCCCCAGGCCUUGUGGAUCAUGGGCCUCAAGCUGCCUUGAUGAAGGAAUCUGUGAGUGCCAGCUGUGCAGUGGUGUUCCCUGAGGAGGAGGAGGAAGAAGAGGAAGAGGCGGCCCCACCGUGGACAUGGGGUCGCAGGUCCUGCAGAUCCUACGCCAGGGCGUCUGGGCUUCACUGACCGGUGGCUGGUUCUUUGACCCGCACCAGAGCACCUUCUCCAACUGCUUCCACCUCUAUACUUGGAUCUUCCUGCUCAUCUUCCCUUUCCUGCUGUACAUGGUGAUGCCUCCCAGUAUCGUGGUGGCAGGUGUCUACUGUGCGGUGGUUGCCACCUUCUUCACCACAGUCAAGACCAUCAACUACCGCCUGCACACCAUGUUUGAUCAGGGUGAGAUUGUGGAGAAGAACUCUGCACUUGCGGAGGGUGCCAAGGCCGAUGAUGGUGCUGCAGUGGACGAGGGGAACUUGGCCAGAGACCCUGGCGGGGUGGAGAUGACAGUGUUUCGGAAGGUCAGCUCCACACCUCCGGUGAGAUGCAGUUCCCAACACUCUGUGUUUGGCUUCAACCAGGUCAUGGAUCUGCUGCCCCACUUGGAGGACGGGAGGCCUAUAAGAGACAUCAAAGAACUCGUGCGUGAGCAAGGCAGCAACAACGUCAUUGUCACGGCAGCUGACCGGGACAUGCUCCAGCACUGUGCCCCCGAGAACCGUGCCAGUGAUGUCAGGAUGGUUUCUGCUGAUGUGGAAGGUGCAAGCGGUAGCCUGCUGCCUCUUCCCAAGGCAGAGCCCCCACCUGCUGGGAGGAAGCAGCCUCCCUCCCUCCCAAUGCAGACUUCCCUGCAGAGCACAGAUUCCUCGGAGCAGUCUCCCCCUGCCGGGGCAGGGUCCCGGGCCCCACCGCGCUGGACCGCCAGCGAGUCGGAGAGCAUGGGGGACACACCGCUGAGCCCUCUAAUCAAGAGCAGCUUGAGCGAGGAGCUCAGCCAGAGCUUCCUGAGCCUGGCGUUGCCAGAGGCUGGGGGUCAUGGCCGCCGCGAAAAGCGCUGCUCCGGAACAGACUACCAGCCCUUGGAACCCCGCCCGGAGCGGCCCCUCAAGGCCGGCUCUUCGGACAGCUGCUUCAGCGGCACCGACAAAGAGACCCCCAGCACUCUGAGCAGCUACCGCAGCGAGAAGACCAACUCCACGCACUUGGACAGCCCCUCGCUCGGCCCCGGCCCUGGAGACGGGGCGCGGGGAGACGAGGGCGGGCCCGGCAUAUCCCCACCCCCCGACGGCGGCAGUGACACGGACGCCCUCUCUGACAGUGAGCUGCUGCGCUCCCCUGAGCUGGGCCUCCUCGGGGAGCUGAGCUUUGACACGCAGAACACCCUCAACUCCCUGGAGACGGUCAAGGGCGACGGCGAGCUGUGGGGGUGCCCCGAGCCGGAGCAAGUGGUCCGGCCGAAGGAGCUGGGCCUCAAGGGCCGGCGGCGCCUCUCCCGCAAGCACGGCAGCUCGUACCUGCCCAUGCGCACCCUCCUGGACAGCAAGGCUUACGCCGAGGGCUUUUUCGCCGACGAGGACUCGAGCGACUGCAGCGACCUGAGCCGGGCUUCCAGCUUGCACUCCCAGCACAACUACAGCACUGACACCUCUUCCAGCACUUCCUGCUACUCUCCCGAGCGCCACCCACCCGCCCAACACGGCAAGCAGUGCCUCCCCUCUGCCGAGGCCAAGCCCCCGCCCCCUCUGCCCCCUGAAGGCGCCACCCUCCCUCCCCAACAUUCCCACUACGCCCAGCGCUCUGGGAGCACGGCCAGCGCCAAAACCCACGCCCGUGUCCUCAGCAUGGACGGGAGCCACAUGGAAGUGAAGCCCGCGGGCUGCCUCACGGUCUCCAAGUCGGAUUUGGAGUCCCACGCGGGGAAGCUGACUGCGGAGCAGGAACUGGGCAGCGCCGUGCGGAGCCAGUCUGCCAACCAGCCCGGCUGGAGGGGGGAGCUGCAGGCCGAAGGGGCCGUCGGAGGAGCUGCCACUGGAGAGGACGGGCCCAAGCCUGACCGGUCCAGCAGCAUCAAGCGCAUGCAGGCCAUAAGGCGGAGGCAUAACGCGGGCAGCAACCCCACCCCCCCGUCCUCAGUGAUGGGGUCCCCACCCAGUUUACAGGACCUGCAGCGAGGCCGGGCCUCUUCGCACUCUCGUGCGCUCACCCUCCCCUCUGCCCUGCAGUUCGCCAGCUCCCUCCUGCUGCCGCGAGGGGCCAUCCACGAAGCCUGCAACUUCGACGACACGUCUGAAGGUGCCGUGCACUACUUCUACGACGAGAGCGGGGUCCGACGCUCAUACACUUUUGGACUAGCCGGGGGCGGCUACGAGAAUCCUGUGGCACAGCAAGUCAGUGCGGAGCACGGAACCAACAGUGGCUGGGACAGGCAUUCACAUUCCUCCAGCUUCAACUCUGCAGAGGUGCCGGAAGGGACGCCUGCCCUUACACUGCUGCAGCCACGCCCCGUGGUUCUUCAGGGCAUGCAAGUGCGCCGGGUGCCACUGGAAAUCCCUGAGUUCGACCUUCUGGACCAGGAAUCGCUGCACGAAUCCCAGGAGAACACACUGAUGAUUGAGGACAAAUGCCACCCGCGCCAAUACUACAAGUUCUGGGUGCUGCCCGGACGCUGGAUGCGAGUGCGCUACGACCGCCUGGCCUUGCUGGCUCUGCUGGACCGGAACCGGCGAGUGGCAGAAAAUGUGUUUGUGGUGGUGCUGGUGAGCCUGGUAGCUUUCCUUGGAUACCUCCUCCUCCUCCAGGGCUUCUUCCGGGACAUUUGGGUGUUCCAGUUCUGCGUGGUCAUCGCCAGCUGUCAAUACUCUCUGCUGAAGAGUGUCCAACCUGAUGCUGCUUCGCCGAUGCAUGGGCACAACUGGAUCAUCGCCUACAGCCGCCCCAUUUACUUCUGCGUGGCGUGCCUCUUGAUUUGGUUUCUGGACUUCUGCGCCCAUGCCAUGCCCCUCCCACCCGUCUCCUUCUACAACCUCACCCUCUUCUCCGCCGGCUUCUUCUACUGCGCCCGAGAUGUGGCGAUCGUUUUCACCCUCUGCUUCCCGGCCAUCUUCCUCUUUGGACUCCUCCCCCAAGUCAACACUUGCUUCAUGUACCUUCUGGAGCAAGUGGACAUGAACAUCUUUGGUGGAACAGCUGCCACCAGUCCCCUCACCGCCUUUGUUGCUCUCCUGCGCAGCCUCCUCGUGGCCGCCCUUCUGUAUGGUUUCUGCCUUGGGGCCAUCAAGACUCCGUGGGGUGACCAGCACGUGCCCGUCCUCUUCUCCGUCUUCUGUGGCCUCCUCAUGGCACUCUCGUAUCACCUGAGCCGCCAGAGCAGUGACCCUACUGUGCUCUGGUCUUUGAUACGGAGCAAGCUUUUCCCUGAAUUUGAAAACCGCAAUGUGGAGAGCCCCCCACUUGGAAUUAAGGAUCCGCUGCCUGAGAAACUACGCAGCUCCCUGCGGGAGAUCCUUCACUCAGACCUGGUCAUGUGCCUUGUCAUCGCUGUCCUGACAUUUGCCAUCAGUGCCAGCACCGUCUUCAUCGCUCUUGAGUCUGUUCUAGGUUACGUGCUCUACGCUUUGGCCGGCCUGGUGGGCUUCGUCACUCACUACCUGCUGCCCCAGCUGCGGAAGCAGCUGCCCUGGUUCUGCCUCUCGCAGCCGGUGCUGAAGCCACGCGAGUACAGCCAGUUCGAAGUGCGCAGUGCUGCCCAGCUGAUGUGGUUUGAGAAGCUCUACGCCUGGCUACAGUGUGUUGAGAAAUACUUCAUCUACCCAGCUGUGGUGCUCAACGCUCUCACCAUCGAUGCCCACUUUGUCAGCACUCCUCGGCAGGACAAGUUCUGCAUCUAUUGCCGAGCCCUCCUCAUCACCAUUGCAGGCAUGAAACUUCUGCGCUGCUCCUUCUGCUGCCCCCCUCAGCAGUACGUCGCCCUGGGCUUCACUGUCCUCUUCUUCCAGUUUGACUACAAGCAGUAUUCCGAGCGCUUCCUCACCGACUACUUUGUCAUGUCCAUCCUCUUUAGCAAGCUGUGGGACCUCUUAUACAAGCUCCGGUUUGUGCUCACCUACAUCGCCCCCUGGCAGAUCACGUGGGGCUCUGCUUUCCACGCCUUCGCUCAGCCGUUCGCCGUACCUCACUCUGCAAUGCUGUUUGUCCAGGCUGUUCUAUCUGCUCUGUUCUCCACCCCUCUCAACCCGUUGCUGGGCAGCGCCGUCUUCAUCAUGUCCUAUGCUCGCCCCGUCAAGUUUUGGGAGCGCGACUACAACACCAAGAGGGUUGACCAUUCCAACACCCGACUGGCUACGCAGCUUGACCGCAACCCAGGUGCCGAUGACAACAACCUGAACUCCAUCUUCUACGAGCACCUGACACGCUCCUUGCAGCACACGCUCUGCGGGGACCUGAUCCUGGGGCGCUGGGGCAACUACACCACAGGGGACUGUUUCAUCCUGGCCUCGGACUACCUGAAUGCCCUCGUGCACCUCAUCGAGAUUGGCAAUGGCUUGGUGACCUUCCAGCUGCGGGGCCUCGAGUUCCGUGGUACCUACUGCCAGCAGCGAGAGGUGGAAGCCAUCACGGAGGGGGUGGAGGAGGACGAGGGCUGCUGCUGCUGCGAGCCGGGCCACCUGCCGCGCAUGCUGAGCUUCAACGCAGCCUUUGGGCAGCGCUGGCUGGCCUGGGAGGUGGCUGCCACCAAGUACGUCCUGGAGGGCUACAGCAUCAGCGACAACAACGCCGCCUCCAUGCUCCAGGUCUUCGAUCUUCGGAAGAUCCUCAUCACUUAUUACGUCAAGAGCAUCAUCUAUUAUGUGACUGGCUCUCCAAAGCUCGAGGAGUGGCUGGGCAACGAGGGGAUCCAGGAGGCCCUCCGGCCCUGCACCUCUCUGAACUACGCAGACAGCGACCCCACCUUCAACCUCAACAUAGACGAGGAUUACGAUCACCGCAUGGCAGGCAUCACCCUGGCUUCCUUCUGCAACAUCUACCUCGACUGGAUCCAGUACUGUGCUAGCCGCAGGGAGAAGCCGGUGGACCGGGAGUGGAACUCCCCUCUGGUCACCCUGUGCUUUGGGCUCUGCAUCCUGGGGCGCCGGGCCUUGGGCACUGCCUCCCACAGCAUGUCAGCCAGCCUGGAGCCCUUCCUGUACGGCCUGCAUGCACUGUUCAAGGGGGACUUCCGAAUCACUUCACCCCGCGAUGAGUGGGUCUUUGCUGACAUGGACCUGCUGCAUCAUGUGGUGGCACCCGGAGUGCGCAUGUCACUCAAGCUACACCAGGACCAUUUCACCUCCCCGGAUGAGUACGACGACCCAGCUGUGUUGUACGACGCCAUACGGUCGAACGAGGAGAAGAUGGUGAUCUCACACGAGGGCGACCCCGCUUGGCGCAGUGCCAUCCUCACCAACACACCUGCCCUGCUGGCCCUGCGACACGUGAUGGACGACGCCAGCGAUGAGUACAAGAUUAUCAUGCUCAACAAGCGCUACCUCGGAUUCCGGGUCAUCAAGGUGAACCGGGAAUGUGUGCGGGGUCUGUGGGCCGGGCAGCAGCAGGAGCUGGUGUUUCUCCGGAACCGGAACCCCGAGCGCGGCAGCAUCCAGAAUGCCAAGCAGGCCCUGCGCAACAUGAUCAACUCCUCCUGCGACCAGCCCAUCGGAUACCCCAUCUACGUCUCUCCCCUGACCACAUCGUACGCCGGCAGCCACCCGCAGCUGCGCUCGCUGUGGGGGGGCCCCAUCAGCUUGCACAAUAUCUCCGCUUGGUUCAUACGAAGCUGGGAGAGGUUGCAGAAAGGCUGUGGGGCUGGUUGCAAUAGCGGAGGGAACAUUGAGGAUUCGGACUGCGGUGGCGGCUCUUCCUCCCUCAGCAAUAAUCCCACCGUGCACGGGUCUCAGGCUCCUGGGAGCACCGCUCACAGUGUGGGCACAGGGGCUGCAAACCCCGCCGAACCCGUCAUCACCACUGCCCAGCCUCAGGCAGAACUAGAGUCCGGCCUUCCUCUGCCUCCGAGCCAAAGCUGGCUGGUCCAGCCCCAGCCGGCGGGCCCCUUGCUGAGCCAGGGCGAAGGACGGCCCCCACCCACGCCGGCUGCAUCGUGGCCCCCCGGUCCGCAUUUCUUGGGAAGCCAGCUUUCCUGCGCCAGCUCCUUGGCUUCUGUGGCUGAGGGGCCGGGACGUGCCCCUCUGCCUCUCCGCCCAGGGCUCGGGGCCCACUCUGCAUUUGCCUACGAGGGCCUCUGUGGCAAAUGGAGCCUGCCCAGCCGCAAGGGACUGAACGGGCUGGGCGGGAGCGAGAGCGACGUCCCCCCUGGAACACCCUCGCCCCGCACCAAGGACAACGCUGCUCUAUCAUCUCCCGCUGUGGCUGCGCUGGGGACUCAGGGUGUUGGUGGGAGCCCUAAACCUCAGCCCUCUAUCCCAGGACCAGUCCCUGAGGCCACCAGCGACUCCACGCCCCCCUUGCCUCUGGAACCAUCAAUGACACCCGGAGGGAACUGCAGCCCCCCAGAACCUGCCCCAGUUGUGGCUGAGUGGGAGAGGCAGCGAGAGGAAGAGGAGAGCCCAGCAGCCGUGCAGCCCCUCCUAGAACACCAGUACUGAGUGGGGUGGGGCGGGGCUGUUUCAUCUCCUACAGAAUUACGGGCUGGUCCCGUUUGACUCUUACUCUGCCGCCCCCCUUUUUUGGGGGGGGGAAUGCACUCUGAUUCCGCUUUCCCUCAUUCAGGACCAUGGACAGCAAUAAGGGGAGUGGGGGCUGCUCCUUUCAUGCCCUGCUACAGCCUUCUGUGCCCCCAUUUCUUGCCUCGCCUCCCUCCUUGCCUGCAGGGGCAGGCUCAGUCUACCCGAAAGGUUAGAGGAGGGGGGAGGACCCCAUGCACUGCCCCCUUUUUCUCUCCCACAACCGCUG